AUGACAGAGUUGCUCAUCUCCAAACUACAGAAACAUGGCAUCGCCAUCAUGAACAUGAGAGGGCAGGGGUAUGACAACGGGCCCAUUGGCCGUCCCAGGAAGAAGAGGAGUCUGUUUGGCUACGAGGGAGAGGAUGAGCCUGUGACUGACCCUCAGCAGAAAUUCGAAGACAUGGACACUGUAGUGCUUACCAGGGACUCCGCAACACUCGAGAGGGCCCUUACGUACGGGGAUUCCAGGGACAUCGACACAAAAGAGCUGUGUAAUGAGUUCAAAGCCCUUCUCUCUCGCCAUCUCUUUCCCUCUCUCUCUCAGACUCCCUCCGAGGAGACUUUAGGCUACAAGGAGUUUGUGGAGGCAGCUAAGACUGUGAAGCAUAUCCCUGUGGCUCUGUGCAGCGAUAAGGAGGCAUGGGCCAAACUCAGCAUCGUGUCUGACACUAUCGCCAUCUUCAGAAAGGCAGAUAACCACCAAGACAACCUUCAGCUCUCUGAGACCAAGAAAGUGGAGGCGGACGGCCUUGCUCGCUUUAUCACCAUGAACGAGCUUCGCUACAUCACCGAGUACAACCAAGUGACAGCAGUGGGUCUGUUCCAGUCUGAGGUGAAGGCACACCUCCUGCUCUUCAUCAACAGGGGGAGUGGUGACUAUAAAGAGCUCAAGGACCGACUAGGAGCUCUGGCCCCAGAAUUUGUUGGCGAGUUCCUGUUUGUGCUGGUACACGGGGUGAAGUCCAAUGAGAAAUCUCUGGGCUACUUCGGCCUGACUUCACGUGACCUUCCCCGCGUGGGCAUUUACGACGGCGACUCAGAUAUGAAGUGGCUCAUGCCCGAGGGAGAGAUCUCCACCGAGCGUGUGCGGGAAUUCUGCCAGUCACUCAUACUAGGCAAUCUCAAGGAGGUGAAGCAGGCAGGAGAACCUGAUCCUAAAACGGAGUUGUAA